GUGCACCCCCUUUCCCGCGCAAUCCCUGGUACACCCCCCGCUGUGCUCUCCGUGCACCCCCUUUCCCGUGCAAUCCCUGGUACACCCCCCGCUGUGCUCUCCGUGCACCCCCUUUCCCGCGCAUCCCCGCCACGCUCUCCGCGCACCCUCUGCGCGCCUCCCCAGUGCGUUCUCCAGGCACGCUCCCCCCGUCCAUCCCCGCUGCGCGCUCCGCACACUCCGGCCAUGAAUGGCUCAGCGACGGGCUCCGAGGCGGGCUGGCAGCCCGAGUCGGUGAUCAUCCCGCUGGUGUACCUCAUCAUCUUCCUCGUGGGCACGGUGGGCAACUGCCUGGUCCUGGCCGUGCUGCUGCGCAACGGGCAGGCGAAGAACACCACCAACCUCUUCAUCCUCAACCUGGGGGUGGCCGACCUCUGCUUCAUCCUCUUCUGCGUCCCCUUCCAAGCCACCAUCUACACCCUGGAGGGCUGGGUGUUUGGGCCCUUCAUGUGCAAGGCCGUCCACUUCUUCAUCUACCUCACCAUGUACGCCAGCAGCUUCACCCUGGCCACUGUCUCCCUCGACAGGUAUUUGGCCAUACGAUACCCCCUGCACUCAAGGGAGCUGAGGACACCCAGGAACGCCCUCAUGGCCAUCUGCUUCAUCUGGGGUCUUUCCUUCAUCUUUUCGGGACCUUACCUCAGCUACUACCAGGAGUUCCGGUUGGCCAACCUGACCGUCUGCCACCCCAUCUGGGAGAUCUCCCAACGCAAGGUCAUGGACAUCUGCACCUUCAUCUUCAGCUACAUCAUCCCAGUGCUGAUCCUGAGCCUCACUUAUGUGCGGACUAUUCACUACCUGUGGAGGUCUGUGGACCCUCUCCAAGACAUGUCAGAGUCCAAGAAGGCCAAGCGGAAGGUCACCAGGAUGAUCAUCAUUGUAGCCGUCUUGUUCUGCCUCUGUUGGCUGCCCCAUCACCUGGUCAUCCUCUGUGUCUGGUUCGGGUACUUCCCUCUCAAUCACGCUACAUACGUGCUCCGCAUCCUCUCACAUCUCAUCUCCUAUGCCAACUCCUGUGUGAACCCCAUUGUCUACGCCCUGGUCUCCAAACACUUCCGCAAGGGCUUCAAGAAGAUCUUCAUCUGCCUCUUGCACAAGAAGGCAGCCAACAAGGUGCACGUGGCCCAAGUGACGAACACCGUCAGCACGCUGGAGGCAGAGCUCAGCGAGGUGACCCACAUCAGCGAAGCCCUGCCUGGCCGCUCAUCCCUACGCUGCAAGGUUCCAGCCCAGCCCUGGGGGAAGGCAGAGCCGGUGGAACAUCAGCAGAAAGCGGAUGGCUCCUUCAUCACCUUCAACAUCACCUAG